UCCGCGCCUUCCUCCGGCUGCGCAGCGGCGGCGGCGGCUCCGCUGGGUUCCUGCUCGGGCCGGGGCAGCCUGCGCGGCGCGGCCGCCGAGGGGACGCUGCGCGACCCGUCCGCGCCCCACAGCCCCGGUGGCUGCUGCUUUAAUGCAAUAGUGUCAUUAGCUUGCUGAACACUAAACAUGAGAAUAGCAGGUGCUGCAAAGUUGGUAGUAGUCAUAGCAAUAUUUUUAUUGACGUUUUAUGUCAUAUCUCAAGUGUUUGAAAUAAAAAUGGAUGCAAACUUAGGACACAUAUUUGCUAGAUCAGCGUUGGAUGCAGCUGCACGCUCUACAAAACCUCCAAGAUACAAGUGUGGGAUCUCUAAAGCUUGUCCUGAAAAGCAUUUUGCAUUCAAAAUGUCAAGUGGAGCAGCGAAUGUAGUUGGACCUAAAAUUUGUGUAGAGGAUAAUGUUUUAAUGAGUGGAGUAAAAAAUAAUGUUGGCAGAGGAAUAAAUAUGGCCUUGGUCAAUGGUAAAACAGGAGAAUUAUUAGAUACUAAGUUCUUUGACAUGUGGGGAGGAGAUGUAGCACCACUUAUUGAAUUUCUGAAGACCAUCCAGGAUGGAACAAUUGUGUUAAUGGCAACAUAUGAUGAUGGUGCAACCAAGCUUAACGAGGAAGCACGGAGACUGAUCGCUGAAUUAGGAAGCACAUCCAUCACUAACCUUGGCUUCAGGGACAACUGGGUCUUCUGUGGUGGGAAAGGAAUUAAGACUAAAAGUCCAUUUGAACAGCAUAUAAAGAAUAACAAGGACACAAACAAGUAUGAAGGCUGGCCAGAAGUUGUUGAGAUGGAAGGCUGUAUCCCUCAGAAGCAAGAUUAAAUGAAAACAGAAGAAAAGGAAAAAGAAUAUGGAAGACAAUGCACUUUCUGCUGUUAUUAGAGAGAGGGCUAUGAAGGAGACUGUACUGUAAAAAUUAUUUUUAAAGCAUGCAGCCAUCUUGUCAGUGUGUGCAUGAGCACUGACAUUUUGAAUAUUGGGAUUAUUUAUUGCUGACACACAUAGAAAUUCUUUUUGUAAAUAUGUCCAAAAUAAAAGAAACAUCCAAUCAUUUCUAUGCAGGUUUCUUAAAAGCACAGUAUUUAGUUUGCCUGUGGUAAAUAAUACUUGUAGAUAACUGGCUAAUAAAUAAUGUAUGUGGACAAUAAACAGAUUGUGACAAAUGUACUGUCCUCUUAACAGUGCAAUGUUGCUGUGACUAUGUAAACUUGGUGGAAUAUUGCAGAUUUUAGUAAUACAUUAAUAAGGAGCUUUAAUUUUUUUUAUCCUCUACGUUUUUAAUGGGAUCAUCAAUUUUUAUUAAAACUAUUUGGUUGUUCUAA